CAAAACAGCGCACGCCUUUGCAACUUGCAACCAUUAAAAAUGUCUAAGUUGGUACCUGGAUGUUUGACCCUUGUGAAACAAGUUAUGUUCAACUUUUCAAUGUCACAAAAUUGUCCAAUUUUGCAAACAUACACAACUGGGAUUGGGAAUCUUGGCAACGAAACCUACAAGUCCAAAUACAUCUUCAGAUCUUGUGUGCCAUUAUCAGUCAUGGAGCCGACGCUAUUUUCAGUGUGCAUCUCGGUGCUCUGUGUCGCACUACUGUGCCUCGUAUGGAGCAAGUCAACGAAGCCCCCCGCCGGUGCGCCUGCACCGCCACCGCCGCCUGGCCCAACGCCGUUCCCCGUCAUCGGCAACAUCCCCGACCUGCUCCGUGGCGGCGAGCUACACCGCGCGCUCGCUCGCCUGUCGGCGUCCUACGGCCCCGUCAUGUCCAUGAGGCUCGGCAUGGCGAGCCUCGUCGUGCUGUCGUCCCCGGCUACGGCGCACGAGGCGCUCCACAAGAAGGAGGGCGCCGUCUCCUCCCGGUGGGUCCCCGACAGCGCCAGCGUCAUGGGCCACAGCGGCAUCUCCAUGGUGUGGCUCCCGAGCUCCAGCCCGCUGUGGAAGCACCUGCGCACCGUGGCGAGCACCCUGCUCUUCACGUCCCGGCGGCUCGGCGCCAGUCGCGCCAUCCAGGAGCGCAAGGCACGGGAGCUCGUUGACCACUUACACGCGAGCUCCGGGCGCCCGGUGCGCGUUGCGCUCUCCGUGUUCAGCGCCGUGCUCAACAUGAUGUCCAGCGUUCUGUUCUCGGAGGACGUCGUGGAGCUGGGGUCGGUGACCGGGCAGGAGUUCAUGGAGCUCAUCGCAAACUCUGUCGCGGAGACGGCCAAGCCCAACAUUUCCGACUUCUUCCCAUUCCUCAGCUCGCUAGAUCUCAGCCGCCGCCGCCGCGCGGUCGCCGCGAAUCUCAGUAGAUUCUACCAGUUCUUCGACGCUGUCAUAGAUCGUCGGUUGAACAGCGCCGAGAAGCCCGGCGACCUGCUGGAGUCGCUGCUCGAGCUCCCCGCCAAAUCCCAGCUCGAGCGGCCGGUGAUCCGAGCUCUCCUAACGGAUCUGUUCAUCGCUGGGAGCCACACGACGACGACCACGGUGGAGUGGGCGAUGGCCGAGCUGCUCCGCAACCCGACCAAAAUGGCGAAGGCGCGCGCCGAGCUCAGGGAAGCGUUCGGAUCCGGCAACGCAGAGGAAGGUGACCACGCCAACCUCCCGUACCUCCAGGCCGUGAUGAAGGAAACGAUGCGGCUGCACCCCCCAGCGCCGCUGCUGCUGCCGCACGAGGUGUCGGAGCCCGGCGUGACGCUGGGCGGCUUCUCGGUGCCCAAGGGCGCCCGUGUCCUGAUCAACGUGUGGGCCAUCGGGAGGGACCCCGAGGUGUGGGCCGAGCCGGGGGUGUUCAUGCCGGAGAGGUUCUUGGACAGGGAGGUGGACUUCAGGGGGAGGGCGUUGGAGUUCAUACCGUUCGGGUCGGGGCGGAGGGCGUGCCCCGGCAUGCCGCUGGCCGUGACGGUCGUGCCGAUGGUGUUGGCAUCGCUGCUCCACGAGUUCGAAUGGAGGCUGCCGGAUGGGAUGGUGCCCGGUGAUGUUGAUCUCAGCGACCGGUUUGGCGCCGCGCUAGAGCUCGCCGUUCCUCUGCGGGCGGUGCCGGUUUGGACGAAAGGCGCGCAAGAUUGAGUUCGUGACGAACUCAUUGCCCGUGUACUUAUUACUAGUUAAAUGCAAGUGCGUGCGUUGUCACCAGAAUAAAUGUUUAUGCUGCUAUUUCAUCGAGAUGUUGCUUGUGUCAUUAUGAUGACCAAAGUUAUUUCACCUAGUGUUAUGUAUCGUGUUUGCUCCAAAGAAAAUGUUCCUUUAACGCAUACUUCUAGUAUCCAAAUUAAUAGUAAAUUGGACUAUCUUGUGCAUUCCUA